AAUACAAAAAAGAAAACAUCUAAACAAGGAUGAUGGUGUCACUCUGUCAAAAACAAAAGAUCCCCUCGAAUCCGCGGAUCUCCCCAACAGGCCACACCCAAAAAUAGAAAUAACCAGAAUAACCCGUCGGACUCUUCUCUCCUCAGUCGUGCUUUCCUCUCCAAUCUUUCCCCUCAAUCACAAUUCACCCUCCCAAAGAUCUGGGCUUCUCUCUCUUUGAUCGUGACAUCGCAAUCGCUACCACAAAAUUUGAGCUUCACCAAUCGCUGCCGAACUAACACAAAGAUUUCCAUAGCUUCUGUUUGCAUUUGGUGAUGACUACUCUAUCAUCCCCAACGAGUUCAACUGUCUCACCAUCUCGAGGGACACUUCCACCAGCAGCCUAUGGGACAUAUGAAUCCCCCAUGAUCGGGGCCUCUCAUUCUGGCCAUUCUGAACCAGAGAUCAGUGACAAUGAUGAUACAGAGCUACACUCUGUGUCAUGGAAUCAGGAUUACAGUUGCUUUGCUGCUGGCACUAGCCGUGGCUUUCGUGUAUAUAACUGUGAUCCUUUCAAAGAGACUUUCAGACGUGAUCUGAAAAGUGGUGGGUUUGGAAUAGUAGAGAUGUUGUUCCGAUGCAACAUUUUAGCACUUGUCGGUGCCAGGACUAACGCCCAAUACCCACCUAAUAAAGUUAUUAUAUGGGAUGAUCAUCAGAGCCGAUGCAUUGGUGAAUUUUCAUUUAGGUCUGACGUUUGUGCAGUGAAACUAAGACGGGAUUGUAUUGUUGUAGUCCUUGAGCACAAGAUAUAUGUCUACAACUUUAUGGAUCUGAAGCUUCUUCAUCAGAUAGAAACUGUGGGCAAUCCCAGGGGACUUUGCUGCCUCUCACACCAUUUAAAUACAUCUGUAUUGGCUUGCCCAGGCGUUCGAAGAGGACAGGUCCGGGCUGAGCAUUUUGGCUUGAAUAUGACAAAGUUGAUCAAGGCGCAUGAUUCUCAGAUAGCAUGUUUAACCUUGACUAUGGAUGGGCUGCUUCUUGCAACAGCAAGCACUCGGGGAACUUUGAUAAGACUCUUCAACACCAUGGAUGGAACUCAGUUGCAAGAGGUGCGUAGAGGGGUUGACAAAGCAGAUAUCUAUAGUAUUGCACUAUCACCAAAUGUGCAGUGGUUGGCCGUCUCUAGCGACAAAGGUACCAUCCAUGUGUACAGCCUAAGAGUACGUGUUGUUGGCGAGGAUGCUGCAGCUGAUUCUGCUGUUAGAACUCCAACAUUAUUGUGUCAAAAUUCAUCAAAUUCUCUUGAUGCACUUAUUUCUCCAAGUACUGGAGCCAACCCUGGUUCAUCAUUGUCUUUUAUGAAAGGAGUUCUGCCAAAAUACUUUAGCUCUGAAUGGUCAUUUGCUCAGUUUCACUUGCCAGAAUGUACCCAGUACAUUGUUGCGUUUGGUUCUCAGAACACUGUUGUUACUGCUGGCACUGAUGGAAGUUUCUAUAGGUGCAGCUUUGAUCCUGUGAAUGGAGGAGAAAUGGUACAGCAGGAAUAUGUCCGCUUUCUGAAAACAGAGAGUAGGCAGAGAUAGUUCUGUUUCUAAAAGUACUUUCCCUGUAAAUAAAUCUCAGAUUUACUCUCAUGUGAAAUUGAAAAGAAGGGAGAAAUGCUAGUAAAUAAUAAGUUAUGUUUGCUGAUUAAUGUGUAUAUAAUGGCUCUUGCGGCUCUCUCUAUAUAAAAUUUUCAGAUUAUCUGCUGUAUUGUUUAUACUAAUGUAAUUUAUUCUGUACGAAUACAUGGAACUUUUGCACCGUCUCUGUAUAUAAGCGAUUGCUUUCCUUUUA